CACAGCAGCCUGAAUAAUCAGAGAAAGAAAAGCUCCUCAGUCGCGUUUUCCGUGUCAUCGACAUCUGAGGGGAAUUUGCUUGUCGGUCGUUCUAAAACCUCAAAUCUGGAUCUUUAUUUGAUGACUGCGCAUUUAAAGCAUUGAAAGUCAGUAUUUCGUCGUCAUUUCUCGAGAUCUUCUCAUUAGACAAGCACAUCUCCGCUGCAGUGAUGUGGCACACGGUAUUGUUCUUCGUCGUCCUUUCUUCUCACUCCGUGCUCGGCCAGGUCAGCUACUCCAUUCCGGAGGAAAUGGCGAAAGGCUCGACGGUUGGAAAUAUUGCGCAGGAUCUGGGAUUAGAUUUAAAAAGACUGAAAUCGGGAAAAGCGCGGAUUUUCUCCGGGGACAGCACGGAAUACAUCGAGCUGAACAAAGAGAAGGGCAUGCUACUGAUCAAAGAGAAAAUAGAUCGCGAGGCUCUGUGCGCUAAAACAACGCCGUGCGCUCUACAUCUGCAGAUGAUUCUCGAGAAUCCGAUGGAAAUGUACACAGUAACGGUCGAAAUCACGGAUGUAAACGACAAUGCUCCGUUUUUCCAAACAGAUGAAAUCAGUUUUGAGAUUAGCGAGUCAGCGGUAACUGGAUCGAGAUUCAUGUUAGACGGAGCAGUGGAUGCCGACGUUGGAACUAAUGGCCUUCAGAGCUACUCACUCAAACCAACGGAUCAUUUUGUUCUAGAAUUCCAAAAUCACGCAAAUGGAGUAAAAAGCGUAGAGAUGGUUUUACAAAAACCCCUCGACAGAGAGAACAAGGAACGAUUUACGUUGAUGUUAACAGCGAUUGAUGGAGGUGAGCCAGUGCUAUCUGGCACUGUCCAGAUACACAUCACUGUCCUUGACGCUAAUGAUAACGCUCCUGUAUUCACCCAAAAAGUAUAUAAGGCCGUAAUUAUCGAAAAUUCACCCAAAGGAUCCAAACUGACCACCGUCAGCGCCUCUGAUGCAGAUGAAGGCGCAAACGGAAAGGUGACGUAUUAUAUUUCAAAGGUAGAUGACGACAUCAAAGAUUUCUUCACAAUAAAUAAAGAAAAUGGGGAAAUAUCGUUAAUUGGACAAAUUGACUAUGAGAAAACCAGCCAUUACCAACUUGAUAUUAAAGCUAGAGACCAAGGUGGACUUUCAGACUCAUGUAAAGUAAUUAUCGAUGUACUAGAUAUUAAUGAUAAUAAACCAACAAUAACUAUCAUGUCUAUGUCCAGCUCUAUAUCAGAAAAAUCUCCAUCAGGCACAGUUGUUGCGAUGCUGAAAGUAAAUGAUCCAGAUUCAUCGGCCAAUGGGCGAGUUCAGUGCAGUAUUAGUGAACAUAUUCCGUUUGUUAUCACUUCACCAUCCAACAACUUCUUCAGUCUGCGCACAGAGCAGGAACUGGACAGGGAGAGAGAGUCUGAGUACAACAUCACUGUGCUGUGCUCUGAUGAGGGAGUUCCCUCACUCUCCAGCAGCGCUUCCCUCCGUUUACUCAUUUCAGAUGUGAAUGAUAACGCUCCUGUCUUUGAGAGAAGGAGCUACGAGGCCUUUGUGCUCGAGAACAACACACCAGGUCUCUCUGUCUUCACAGUGAAGGCCAGUGACGCGGACUCGAACCAGAAUGCGCGCGUUUCUUACAUUUUAGAUGACAGCGCUGUUAAUGGGGUUCCUGUAUCGUCAUAUGUGUCAGUCAGUGCUGAUAAUGGAGUCAUUAGUGCCGUGCGAUCUUUUGACUACGAGCAGUUAAAGGACUUCCAUUUCCGCGUAAAAGCACAGGAUGGAGGCUCCCCUCCACUCAGUAGUAACGUGACAGUGAGGAUCAAAAUCCAAGACCAGAACGACAACGCUCCUCAGGUUCUGUACCCAGUGCAGACUGGUGGCUCUGUGGUGGCUGAGAUUGUGCCUCGUUCAGCAGAUGUUGGCUAUCUGGUCACCAAAGUGGUGGCUGUUGAUGUGGACUCUGGACAGAAUGCCUGGCUCUCCUACAAACUCCAGAAAGCCACAGACAGGGCGCUGUUUGAAGUGGGCCCACAGAAUGGAGAGAUACGGACUGUGCGCCAGGUCACUGAUAAAGAUGCAGUGAAACAGAAGCUCACUGUUGUUGUGGAGGAUAACGGACAGCCGUCUCGCUCAGCUGUAGUGAACAUCAAUGUAGCUGUAGCGGACAGUUUCCCUGAAGUGGUCUCGGAGUUCUCGGACUUUACGCUCAGCAAAGAAUACAACGAUAACCUGACUUUUUACUUAGUUUUAGCUCUGGCUGCUGUUUCUUUCCUGUUCAUCACUACUGUAGUAGUUAUAAUAUCAGUGAAGAUCUACAGAUGGAGACAGUCUCGUAUUUUCUAUCAGUCCAGUCUCCCAGUUAUUCCGUACUAUCCACCCGGUUACGCAGACACAGGAGUUACUGGAACUCUGCCGCACAUGUACAAUUAUGACGUCUGUAUGACGACCAACUCGAGGAAAAGUGACUGUAAAUAUUCUACACUUGGUGGUCAGAGUGUUUUAGUGGUGGACCAGAGUUUCUCAGAGACUCUGCAGCGCGCGAUGAAGGAAAAAAAUCUUGUAGAUGAUCCAGAUUCUCCAGAUUUGGUAAGAAUUCUCAUUUUUAUAUGAUCUAACACCACACCCAUACACACACAUCCUCCCACACACACACACACACACACACACACACACACACACCCCAAAACCAUGAAAGCCAUCAUGAACACUGCAAAAUGACAAGCACUGAAUCACAGCCCAGAAACAUUUUAAAAUAAAACCAGACUCAAAGCAAUAUGAAACAACAUUGGAAUUUGGAAACUUUAGAACUAAAAGAGAAAACAAACAUUUAUUAAAUAUUGCGAAAAUGGCUAAUUAUAAUUUUGCUACUUUUGCUUUUCCCCUCACAUAUCCAUAUCCAGUGUGCCACCGUAUGCCCUGAGUCAAAAGAGUCAAUGAUUCACCAUGGCAUGUUUUUAUUUUAAUUAAGUCAUUAAGCUAUCCACUCUGCCCUGUGAAAUCAUAUACAGGUGAGACCUCAUUAAUGAUUAGAAAUAUAAAAUACAUGUACACUCACCACAUCCACUGCAAUCACAUAUUAAAAGCAGACGCUGUCUACAACUCAGUGUAUUCUGAUUCCAUUCAUUAUAAGGAUGUCACACUAUAAGAAUGUACUUAAUAGACCACCACUCUGUUUAU